AUGAGUUCCGUCAAUAUGGACAGGAUGUCGCCUCGCUCGCCUGAAUUCCUCACAGCCUUUGUCUCUGACAAGGCUGGUGGCAGAAGAGUCCUUGAGAGCCAUCCAAGGUAUCGAGCCCAAAAUGCGGCCACUGAAGAUUCAACAUCAUAUAGAAACCACAGAGACUAUUACUCAGGCUCAUCAACGAAACGUCUUCGCUAUUCUGGAGCGGACGAAGCUGCUGAUCAGCUUUCCUCGCAUCACUCGUCACGUGAGCUUGACUCCCUUCUCAUUGAAGCAUCAGUAUCAUCAAGAGGAGCACGGAGUCAUGGUUCCACCAAAGAACCCAGAAGAUAUCAUCUCCCGUCCCCUCCCCCAGAUGAAUCUCAACAUUAUCGUUGUGGUCAAGUUGAGGUCUUCCCAGGUGCUACUAGAGCACGAAGAAGUCGUGAUCUCCAAGGCUUUGGCGCUUGGAGCGAUCACAUUGCAUUGCCUCAGCAGCAGCAACUCCUCACUGAGAGUGCUUACAACGACGAAGACAUCUUUCAGAGCAGGAGAAUGAGCGGAUCCAGUAUACCCGACACACCACGGGACUGGCUACUGCCGACUCCUGAGCUCUCUCCCAUGCCCACGCACUACACGUUCUGUCCGUGCUGCGUGGAUGAGGAGAGUCGUAUAAACGACACAUGGCAUAUGGCAGGCAAAGAGAAGAUGCAUACUCAAAUGGAGAAUGCAAUGGCGUACAUUGAGCAGAUGAAAUUCAAAAAGUAA